UUAGGGGGCGCACAUGCAUUAAGCCGAAUGAAUAUACAUACAGAAGGUUGUUGCAGUUUUUGGGAGAAAUUAGAGAUACCAUCAUCAUUAUGUACACAAGAGACACAGAAACAGUGACCCCUUCAGCACUACACCCACAGACACACUCUCAAUUCCCCCACGCCCAACACGACGAUGACGACGUCACCGCCGCCGGAGGAAUGGAGUCCAUAGAAGACCACAUUCCCCACCACCACGCGCUGGAAGGCGGCGUUCCACAUGACGCGCUGUAUGUAGCUGCUGGCUCGGAAAUGGUUGGUGGAGGAAGUAGUAAUGAUCAGCUAACGCUGUCGUUUCAAGGCGAAGUCUUUGUCUACGAUGCCGUUUCACCUGAAAAGGUUCAGGCCGUGCUGCUGCUUUUGGGGGGAUAUGAAGUCCCUACUGGCAUCCCUACUGUCAAUAUGGCGUCCCAGAAUCAUAGGGCUUCAAGUGAAAGUUCUGGAAGAUUGAAUCAACCGCAACGGGCGGCUUCUUUGAGUCGUUUUAGGGAAAAAAGGAAAGAAAGAUGUUUCGAUAAAAAGAUUCGAUAUACUGUUCGGAAGGAAGUUGCUCUUAGGAUGCAGCGAAAAAAGGGUCAGUUUACAUCUUCCAAGUCAGUAUCUGAUGAAGCGGUUUCUUCUUCUGUAGAGGGGAAUGCAGGCUCUAGCCAAGAAGAACAGGAAACAUCAUGUAGACAUUGUGGAAUUAGUUCGAAAUCCACUCCUAUGAUGCGUCGUGGACCAGCUGGCCCAAGGUCACUGUGCAACGCCUGUGGACUUACGUGGGCCAAUAAGGGGAUUUUAAGAGAUCUUACUAAAGUUUCAACUACAGGAGCUCAGGAACAUUCUUUAAAAUCUUGGGAACAGAGCAAUGGUGACGCUAAUGGAUCAGAUGCUAUGGCUGCUGCUGGUAUCAUCACUUCAGAUGAUGAGAACAUAGUGCUUCCGUCUGAACGAUGAUAGAGAGCUCUUAUUUGCGGUGAACUCUUUCGUGUUUUGAACUGAAGGUGAAAGAACUGAAAUGUUAUGCAUCUAAUAUCUGCCAAACUUGCAUACUUUUGUACAUAAGAUAUUGUAACUUAGGCAAAUACAUGAAGGAUCUUGUUGCCGAGACUUUUAGGUCUUUCCAUCUAUAGUUUUAUUCUGGUAUUCAAAUGUAACUAAUUGUGAAUCCGUAUCCCAGAUAUAUACAACUCAUUUAAGCACCAAAGCAUUUUAAAAUA